AUGGCGGCUCCCUUAAUGCAGAAAGUAUCCGAGUCCUUAGGAGCACCAGAACCAGCUGUGCGCCUUAUUCUAUCUAUUUUAGUAGGAUACCCGUGUGCGUUGGUUUAUCGGCGAUUUCUUUUCUACCAGCCGCCCACUGUUCUCCACUUGUUCCAUACUCUCUUUGGCCUGGCCCUGGCUGCUUUCAACUUUGGGGCACAGCUCAGUCACUCUGCAGUAUGUAUCCUUGUACAGUUCCUGAUGCUGAGGCUCAUGGGAAGGACCAUUACCACAGUCAUCAGCAGCUUUUCCUUUCAAAUGAUUUACCUGUUAGCUGGAUAUUACUACACAGCCACAGAGGAAUACGACAUCAAGUGGACCAUGCCCCACUGCGUCCUCACGCUCAAACUCGUUGGUCUUGCGUGGGAUUACUAUGAUGGAGGACAGGAAAAUUUGAGUGCUGAGCUGAAGAGCUCUGCCUUGUCGUCGGUACCGUCUCUAUUGGAGAUGUUCGGCUUUUCUUACUUCUACGGAGGCUUCCUGGUUGGGCCCCAGUUUACACUGCGCAGCUACCAAAGACUGGUGGCCGGGGAGCUCACGGACUGCCCUGGAAAACCCCCCAACAGUGCUGUACCAGCUUUAAAAAGGUUUGCUCUGGGAUUUCUGUGUUUGGCACUUUACACAAUCUUCAGUCCUUCUUACCCCGACAGCUACUACCUGACAGAUGAAUAUGAGGCGCAGCCCUUCUGGUACCGAUGUGUUUUCAUGUCACUCUGGGCCAAAUUCAACUUGUAUAAAUACGUCAGCUGUUGGGUUAUAGCGGAGGGAGCAUGUGUGUUGACUGGGAUGGGCUACAAUGGCGUCGGGGAGGACGCGCAGCACCGCUGGGACGCCUGUGCCAACAUGAAGGUGUCGGUGUUUGAGACCACUCCGCUGUUCCAGGGAACCAUCGCCUCUUUUAAUAUGAACACUAAUGCUUGGGCUGCGAGACACGUGUUCAAGAGGUUGAAGUUUGUGGGAAAUAAAACUGUUUCUCACGUGACCACGCUCUUCUUUCUGGCAAUUUGGCACGGCCUCCAUUCAGGAUACAUUAUGUGCUUCUCUAUGGAGUAUUUCAUUGUCAUCUUGGAGAGACAAGCUCAAGCUCUCGUCCGCGACAGUCCGAUGCUGAUGAGACUCGCCAACAGUGCGCUGUACCCCUUCGUCUACGGCGUGCAACAGUUUAUACACUGGUUCUUAAUGGGCUACUCCCUUAUGCCCUUCUGUCUCUUCUCAUAUGACAAAUGGCUCAAGGUCUAUUUGUCGGUCUAUUUCUCCGGGCAUCUAUUCCUCAUUAUAACAUUUUUAAUAUUGCCAUACCUGCGCGUCACAUGGUCUUUUUGUGGCGAUCUACUCAACGGAACUGUCCUGAAAACAAGGGCAUCCAUCUACCCAUCUCCUUCCCGUGUGUACGCUGGGACGUCGCCGCGCUCUUUUGGACACCUGCCUUUUCCAUCCAUUCCCGGCGUGGACCUCCUUGCGCCUUUGCGUCUCAGCUUCAUCUACUCCUUACCCCUGGCCUCCUCCCCCCUUCUCCUUAAAUUUUUUCUCCUCACUCUCUCCUCCUUACCCCUGUCCUCCUCACUCCCUCCUCCUUAUACUUUGCCUCCUCACUCUCUCCUCCUACCCCUGUCCUCCUCACUCCCUCCUCCUUACCCCUGUCCUCCUCACUCCCUCCUCCUUACCCACCCCUGUCCUCCUCACUCCCUCCUCCUUACCCCUGUCCUCCUCACUCCCUCCUCCUUACCCCUGUCCUCCUCACUCUCUCCUCCUCCUUACCCCUGUCCUCCUCACUCUCUCCUCCUUACCCCUGUCCUCCUCACUCCCUCCUCCUUACCCCUGUCCUCCUCACUCUCUCCUCCUUACCCCUGUCCUCCUCACUCUCUCCUCCUUACCCCUGUCCUCCUCACUCCCUCCUCCUUACCCCUGUCCUCCUCACUCUCUCCUCCUUACCCCUGUCCUCCUCACUCUCUCCUCCUUACCCCUGUCCUCCUCACUCCCUCCUCCUUACCCCUGUCCUCCUCACCCCUCCUCCUUACCCCUCACCCCCUCUUCCUUACAUCUGGCCCCCUCCUCCUCACCCUCUCCUCCUAA